UUUGUCGAUUUCAAGUUCACUGAUGUAGACUUUCCGAAUGAUUAAACGAAAACUGACCAACAUUCUAAAACAUACAAACAGCAAUGGGGUCAACCUGUCAGAUAUGCAGUGGAGUUCCCAGAGUUACACAUUGAAGAAUAUUGUGGAUAACUUUAAACUUCCUCUUGUCGUAAAAUGUAGUGACAAAACACCUGAAGUAGAACUUGGAGAGUUUAAGUUUGAUUUGGCUGAGCCCUUGCUGCUUCAUUCCAGGAAAUGGGCCAGAAAAAUCCGAGUGAGUUGUCUCGAGAAGGAUGCUUUGUCCGCACAGAUCACAGAAAUCCGUCCCCACUACGUCAUUCCAGAGGAAUAUGAGGGCUGGUUUCAAGAAAUAAAGAGCCCAACUGAAAAGUUGACGCCCGAUGCCACUUUAGAGUCAUUGAUAGAAAGCUCGGCCGACCAGUUUCUAUCAGCGAAGAGUUUGAGUUGCUUGUCUUUAGUGUCAGAUGGUAAUGGAUCUUCAACAUUGGUCAGAAGACACGUGAAAAGUGGAGAAAUUUUGACAGUGAGGGGGUUUUACGAGGGUGAAGGUAAACAAAAAGCCCAAAUAAAGUCUAAAUAUCGUGAAAUUCGACACGACGGACACACUCCAACAAAUGACAAAUUUCUCAUCUGUGCAGAUGAGAAGGACGACAAUGUUUUGAUAGACAUUUCCCAGACAGGCUGUUUUUACAGGAUUUUUGAAAGUGAAGAGAAUGGCAGAGGACUGCUGGAAGCUAGAGAUUUAAUUGAUGAGGAGGAUAGGUUCCCUGUGUUGAUCCGACACGUUUUCGGUGACUUGCCGCUCUUGACGUCGGCUUAUUCUAGCGUUAUGAAAUGUGGGAAAGUUGUCCAAGAAGAGUCGGUUUUGGCGGCAACGUUAAACGCACCAUCAUCUACUCUUCUAGAACUUCAGUGCCACAGUCCCAUUCGGUUUCAAAUUUGUUUGAAUGAUGCAAUACUGAAAACCUUGGAAAACUGUUCAGAAGCAUUGCAAAUGUGCCAUAGCGAGGGUGACGAUUUUUUGUCUGGCAUCAAGGUAGCGUGUACCAUACAAAAACUAAGUGACCCAAUGUCAGAACAAACUGAAAACAAACCUCCCUUGAGUGAAAAACUAAAUAACUCUCCAUCAGAUGCGUUUACAGUGACUUCUAACGAUUCAGAUGAAUUGGUUUCGGCUCAAGAUUCGUUCAGCGAUUACGGAGAAGAGGAUGCUAACUCAGAGUUUUCAUUCGCUUGGACUCCAGAACCCCUGAUUAAAAAUCGGAGCAACACAAAAGAGGAUAAAAAUAAAACCAAAAAAGAUGAAAAGAAACCAACAGUUCCAAAAUUUUUCAACAGUAGCCUUAACAGUCCCAUGUCCUCUAAGGAAAGCAGGCUCAACGCUUGGAAUGAACAGCCUGACGUUGUUUGAAACACUAUGGAUUAAUAUUGUUUGGCUGUUGCAAGAGGAACUACUUAUUACUAAAUAUAUUGUUCAUUCUUAAAACAAUAAUGUGUACAUAUAUAUAUAUAUUUUCUGCCUUAACUUAAA